GGAUAAAGAAUCAACCUCCCACCCUUCCCACCGUUAGCUUAUCUCUAGCCACAUAUUGAUUGUUGUGGAGAGUGCGCUUCGGGGAGAAAGAGCCUGUGCUAUACUCGGAAACAAAUAGACAACAUCCUCUCUUGCGGGCAUGGUGCCUAGGAUUCCUGGGACUCCCUCCGCAGUAUCGUCGUCCUCCUCGUCGCUGUUGCGUGCAUCAGCGACCUCAUCGCUCCCGAUCGACCCACGGUGGAGCUGGGGUCUCAAGAAGACCCUGGUGCGGCGCUAUCAUCGCGCCGUUUGGCCGUCCUACGGAAUCACCACCCCUGUUCCCGAUCGCAGCCCGCAUUUCCCCAUACUCAAAUCGCCAUUCUACUUCCAGACGGGCUACGCGCUGUGUGCCAAACGAACAUCCCGUCCUUUUCCACCGCCUUUUCUGUCUCCGCCAUCUCACUCAUUCUCCGAUCCGCUGACGACACACUACCACAGUCAGGAUAAGAGGCUGUCCGUCAAAGGGGAGCUGAUUCGCGGCUUAAAUAACGGUGAUGACGCAGUAUUGGUUACCGAGAAUUUCCUGGGGGUGAAUGACGGAGUAGGCGCGUGGGCGACAAAACCGCGAGGCCAUGCUGCACUGUGGUCCAGGCUUAUACUACAUUUCUGGGCUCUGGAGGUCGAGCGGAUACCCAGUCCAGAUGCCGCUAUUGACCCGAUUGCAUACCUACAACGAGCCUACGAAGAGACGACACAAGCUACAACAUCUCCGAGCGAAUGGUUCGGCACGACGACGUCGGUAACCGCCCUCUUGCACAAAACGUUAGAUGGCAGCGGCACCGAGAAGCCAUUACUAUACGUGACGAAUAUAGGGGACUGCAAGGUCUUGGUUAUCCGGCCUAGCGAGAAGAAGGUCAUUUUCCGAACAGAGGAACAAUGGCACUGGUUUGACUGUCCGAUGCAGCUGGGGACAAAUAGCAUGGACACGCCACAAAAAGACGCAGUGCUGUCGCUAGUCGACCUGGAGGAGGGCGAUAUAGUUCUCGCGGUCUCUGACGGAGUGCUAGAUAAUCUUUGGGAGCAUGAGGUCCUAUCAAUCACGCUGGAGGGUCUCGAUAAAUGGGAACAUGGCCGAUACAAUGACAAGGAGCUCGAGUGGGCACCACCGGCAGUGCUGGCGGAAGAGCAAAUGGUGUUCCUGGCGAGGGAGCUACUCAAGUCUGCGCUUGCGGUGGCUCAGGAUCCGUUUGCCGAGAGUCCUUAUAUGGAGAAGGCGGUUGAAGAGGGUUUGGCUAUUCAGGGUGGUGAGUCUGACUACAUAUUUGACUCAUCAGAACCAUCGUCUGACUAUUUUCGAUAG